AUGGCCGGGGUUCAGAAAUCGAAAGAUGGGGUACCUCAGUGGGAUGGGGACUCUGCUUCGUUCCAAGAAUAUGAAGAAACAGCACUUCAAUGGGAACAGAGCAUAGCAUACCAUAAGAGGUACUUAGCUGGACCUAGGUUGGUAGCUGAACUGUCAGGAUCAGCUCGGAAGCAUGUGAUGGGGAAGCGGCCAGAAUGGCUGUCCUAUGACGGGGGUGUGGCACAUUUGCUGAGCCACCUUCGUAACUGCCUGGGACGACCCACCAUUCCGGAGCUGACCGAGUUCCUCAACCGCUACUUCAGACAGAGUAGACGCAGAAGAUUCGAGACCAUGAAUCAGUAUAUCACCAGGAAGAAUGAGAUCUACCACCGUGCUCGCCAGGCACUUUCUCGAGUACAAAGCCAUUACCAACGAGAUCGUGAUCCAAGGCCUGCAUGGCAAGGAAAGCACUGGUGGCAGCCCCCCCAUCAGACUUGGUGGGAAGGCUGGCAGCCAGAGACUCCCUCAGAGGCACCUGUCAGUGAGGUUGAGCCCGGUGCUUCCGAACCAGCGGCAGUCGGGUCUGAGCCCACAGGAGGGCCUGCAGAUGAUGAUGAUCGCUGGGAGCACUAUGUACACCACACGUCCUCUCACUACCAGUCAUGGCAGUGGACCUCACAGCCAAAGGCGAGCUAUGGGAGUGGGAGCACCUAUGAUCCCAGCGAGGAUGAGCCUUGGAAGCUUCACACCGAUGAGCUCCUUCUUGAAUUUCUUCAGGGAUGGUACAUGUUGAUCGAUGCGGGUUUGGACAGCACCUCCCGCAACAUGGUCCAGACAGCCCUCAAAGAGGAUUACCGAGUGAAUCGGGUGUCGCAAGAACUACGACAACAGUGGCCUGAUGAUGACCUGAAGAAGUUUGACCAGCAGAACAAGGGCACUGCCUAUCUCCAGGAUGAGGUGGACGCCGAGGAUGAUGAGUGGCCAGACGCCUGGGCCACAGAUGAUCUCACCGAAGAAGCACAGGUCCUUUUUGGAGCUGCAGAAAAAGAAGCUCAGGAAGCCUAUGCGAUGAUACAGCAAGGACGAAGAACCUUGCGUGAAGCUCGAGCUCGUCAACACCAAAUGAGGUUGAAUCGUCAGUACUACAAGAACACCUUUUCCAAGGACAAGGUCUAUGGCAACCGCUCCUCUUCUUCUUCGCAGAGUAGUUCCAAUGUGGCGACUUGCCUGCGUUGUGGCAAACAGCACAGGACCUCAGACUGCCCCAUUGGCCGCGACAAGUCCGAGGGGCAGCCACAGGCCCAGCAUGCAGAAGAGGCACCGUUUGUAUGUUUCACAGAAGACCCAGUGGCUUGUGCGGCUCAGACGACUCAGUCCUUGAAGUCAACUCGUGAGGCCGUGAUGUCUGGCUAUGGAGUGAUUGAUGGUGGUGCAACACGCACGUUGGGCUCAGUCACCGCAAUCCAGUCCGUGAUGGACCUCAACCAGAACAAGUACGGUGACCAUGGUAUCACCGAAGUGGACGUAGCCAACAAGCCCACGUUUGGUUUUGGCAAUAGCUCUCAGAACCAGUGUAUCUCUACGGCCCAACUCAAGAUCAAGGCCAAUGGGAAGCCAGGCACCUUGCAGAUCCACGCUCUGAACCAAGGUCAAGGACCUAUCUUGAUCUCCAUCGACACCUUGCGCCAGUUGAAGGCAGUGAUUGACUUCAGCGAAGAUCUGAUGGUGCUUCGCGCCCUUGAUGACUCCAAGAUGAUUCCCCUAGAACGCUCAGCUGCAGGACACCAAUUGCUGCCGCUGACUGAGGACCUGAUGAAGCAUGCAAUGCCAUGCACUCGACAGGGACAUCUCCUCUCUGAUUCCCCGCCUGAGGAAGAAAGGGAGGGCAGUUUGUGUCAGGCAACUGUUUUGACAGCCACCGUGAACCUACCUCAUCGGCAUCUACAACUGAGUGCCAUGUCUCGCAUGAGUCAGAAGGAUCUUCGUGCCGAGAUCCAGCGGUUGGGAGAGGAUCCUCCUCAGAAGUGGACCAAGGCCGAACUACAGCACCGCCUGUCAGAGCUCUAUGUGGAAAAGGAUGUGACACCACCGGGCCAGAAACCUCCGACCGCCCUGCGCCAGCAGGUGAUCGCCAUGAACACCAACAGCAAGACCAAGAAGCUCCUGCAGAUGUGGUGCCAAAAUACGUUGGGCAUGCCAAUCUCGGGCAACGAGACAAUCCCUCAGUUGCAGAGUGCUGCAAUGACCCGCAUCUACCAGGAGACCACUCCGGAUGCGCAGGAUCCAGUGGGAUUUAGCAAGGCAGCCUCCCUGACUUACCAGGAGAUUGCCACCGACCAGCAGUACUGCAAUUGGGUCAAGACUACAGCGGCCGAGGGAGGUUGCUCAGUUCAGCUUUCGCGCCUAGCGAAGUGGCUGGUGACCCAAGAGACUCAGCCCACACGCACCAUGGAUGUCAAGAUGAACUACCUCAAACAGGAGCCAUCGCCGGUGAAGAACAAGCCUAUGCAAUCAGUAGACCUCAAGAGCAGUGCCAGCCAGUCCAGCAUGAGCGACUCCACGGUACAGAUCCUAUGUCAGCUGACCGAAGCUGUGAAGGACCUCAAGGAGGAAGUGGCAGAUCUUCGCCAAGAUCAACCUCGACGCACCCGGAAGAAGGACAGCGAGAUCAGUUUCAGCAUGGCCCACUGGAAGUUGGGAGUUUGCGAACAGGCCAUUCAGGGUGUAAAGACCCUAAUGGAUAAACUGGCUGAAGGGACUGACUUUGAGACCACAGUGGAGCGCAUGAAACAAGCAGAACAAGCUCAUUCUGAAUGGAACGCAGCUGAAAGAAUCCGACGUGCCCUGCAAUCCCGUGGCAAUAGACCACAGAAUUACCAGCCUGGAGAUUUGGUGUUUUACUGGAGGAAACAAGUAUCUGGAAAGUAUCACACCAGUCAACAGCAAAAGACUGGCUGCUUUUUGGGUCCAGCAAGGAUCUUAGCCACCGAGACUCACCGAGAUUCAGAUGGCAACCUGCGACCUAGCAGCUCAAUCUGGGUUAUUCGUGGUCGACGGUUGAUCAAGUGUUGCCCCGAGCAACUUAGACCAGCCACACAACGUGAAGAACUUCUGGAGCACCUACAUGAAGAUACCGAGAACAAAGCACCAUGGACUUUUACAAGAUUGACCGAUGGUCUUGGGGGAAAUGAGUUUGAAGAUGUCACCUCACAGGUACCUACCCUGGAAGAAUGGCACCAAGGACAAAGUGAUCCUCAGCUAUCAACUUCCUCAAGUUCAAGACCACAACACUCCAGUGGCUCUCAGAUGCCAGUGGAGAUGGACCCACCAGAUGCGCCUAUGGCACCACCAGCAACACCCAGGAUGCGUGUCUGGGGAAAGCGCAGUGAGCAGCCAGCUCCAAGCAGCACUCCUCCUCUCACACGACAGCGAGUAGGAGCUCCCGAAGCUGGAGCAGAACUGGUAACUCAGGAGGCUUGGUACAACAUGACGACGGAGACAAGCCGCCAAGAAGCAUGUGGCAAAGAUCAGUGGCAAGACUCCACAUCCAUCGUGGAGGUGGCCAUAGACUUGCCUGAGACCAACCGCAGCCGACGGAGCUUCAUCAAUGACCUGGAGGGUUACUUUGUUGGCGCCUUAAAGAGACGUGCAGUGGAGGUCAGCAUGAAAAACCUGACCUCAGCAGAACGAGAAGGUUUUGAACAAGCAAAGGCAGUGGAAGUGAAGAAUUUCAUUGCGGCAAGGGCAUUCGAGGCUUUGCCCCCUGAGCUACGACCUCCAGAAGAAAAAGCUAUCAAGAUGAGAUGGCUUCUUACCUGGAAAGUCAAAGAGGACGGCAGUACCAAGCCCAAGGCUCGGGCAAUUUUGCUUGGGUACCAGGAUCCAGAGUACGAACAUCGAUCUACAACAUCACCGGUGAUGACCAAACAAACACGACAACUGAUGCUAGCAGCAACAGCUCGUUUUGGUUGGAAGGUUUGGAAAGGCGAUGUAACAGGUGCUUUCCUACAAGGACGUACGUAUCCUGGCGAGCUCUAUUGCAUACCAUGUGAUGAGAUAUGCAGCGCAAUGGGCCUCGACAAAGGCAGCAUCACACGUGUGAGAAAAGGCUGCUAUGGUUUGGUGGACGCCCCCAUAGAGUGGUAUCGCUCCGUGAGCGAAUAUCUGGAAACACUAGGUCUGGUAAAAAGCUGGAGCGAUCCAUGCUUGUGGAUGUGGAAACCUCAAGGAAAACUGCAGGGCCUGAUAGCAGGACAUGUGGACGAUUUCCUUUUUACAGGGCCACCUCACUGCCCAGCCUGGAACGAAAUUCUGGAAUCCAUCAAGAACAAGUUCAAAUGGACCGACUGGGAGACCAAGUCUUUUACCCAGUGUGGAGUUUUGGUGGAGGAACAGCCGGAUGGGUCUUUUCACCUGUCUCAGAAACAGUAUGUGGAGAAGAUACCAGAGAUUUUCCUGAAUGCCACACGCAAAAAGCAGAGCAAUGAGACCACCACUGACCGCGAAAAAGGGCAACUACGUGCCACACUAGGCGCACUGAGCUGGUAUGCCCAGCAGACGGCACCACAUGUGUCAGCAGAAGUAGGCCUUUUAUUGUCAGAAGUUUCUAGCAGUACAGUGGAGACAAUUGUAAAGACCAAUCGUCUCGUGUCUUUUGUAAAGGUGGUUUGCUUCAGUGCGCCGAAGGACCUCCCGCGGGCCAACUGGGCCAGUCCCUUCUACAGCAGCUUGAUCUCCUCAGCCACGCAG